AUGCCGUCGUUCGAGCUUGGGGAGUCGAUACCCCCUGAUACGGCACAUGCUGUGAGUGUCUCCCUCCCGACAUGGAAGUCCAAUGUAGGAUAUGAGGAAGGCGAGGAUUGGGUGGUUAGCAGGAUGACCACCGGCUACCCUCGGUUCUAUGUUCACAAGACUAUCACAGGGCUCGCAGAAGACAUCGUCGCCCAGCAUGGUCAAUCCGGGUUCUCAGGCAUGCUCUUCCCAACUGUCCGAUCAGCCAGACGCUGUCAACAGUUCAUCCAGGCUCGCGUCGACCCGCAGAUUGUCUCGCGAAUCACCGUGCUCGAUUUCGGUCUAGACCUUACCAAGAAGCCUGCCGCAAUCCUCUGUGAGCUGUCGCCUACCAUAUCGGCGGUCCUGUAUCCUACAGAUGCUCAGUCUGCAGCGAAACAGUAUUGGCAGCAUACCGGCGAUGGGGUGUCCAGUCGUCGCGCUGAAUUUUGUCACGGACUAUUCAGAGAGGGACUACUGGUACCAAAGACUGCGGCUCCUGAUGGUAAUGGUGCAGGCACGGCACGGCCUUUCAGGGGACCGCGUCGUUACACUCGACCUGGAUCAUUCGACGGCGUCCCGGCCAAGGCAAACUCAACGACACAAAGCAUCGAGCCUGAUGCUGGUAAAAAUGUAACUGAAGCUCAAGAGAGUUCGCGCUUCCUCGAGGAACGUUUUGGCAGGAACUUGGACAUGUCACUCGUUGAGCGGGCCAAAUCGGCUAUCCGAAGGCGCAUCGUUGGGGCUGUGGCGGGCGAUGUCGACACCGCAGGCAACGAUGUACACGAAAUGGUCCACAACACACGAGGCCUGAAAAACUUGCGGGAGGAUGACAUCUACUUGUUCCCGUGCGGAAUGAAUGCCAUCUUCAACGCCCAUCAAGCGCUACUCGCAGCAAGAACGCCAGCCAAAAGUAUCAGCUUCGGGUUUCCCUACGUUGAUACCCUGAAAAUUCUGCAAAAGUUCGGCCCCGGCUGCGUGUUCUACGGCCAUGGCUCAGAUGAUGAUAUGGAUGAGAUAGAAAAGUCUCUCAGGGCCGGUGAGCGAUUCUUGGCCCUCUUCUGCGAAUUUCCUGGGAAUCCUCUGUUGAAGUGCCCCGACCUUGUCCGGAUUCGAAGGCUUGCAGACGAGUUCGACUUUGCCCUGGUCAUUGACGAAACGAUCGGCACAUUUGCCAAUGUCAACGUCCUCCCGGUAGCAGACAUCGUUGUGAGCAGUCUCACCAAGAUCUUCUCGGGAGACUCGAACGUCAUGGGCGGUUGCGCCAUUCUAAACCCGGAGGGUCGCUACUACGGUGAUCUGAAGCAAGCCAUGGCUGCAAACUUUGAGGACACUUACUGGCCGGAGGAUGUCCUAUUCAUGGAGAGAAACAGUCGGGAUUUCUCAAUGCGCAUAGACCGCAUCAACACCAACGCGGAGGCUAUCUGUGAGACACUCAGAGCUGACCCCACAGUCAAAGAUGUUUUCUAUCCCAAGUACAACCCAUCCAAAUGUCAUUAUGACUCCUUUCGCGUGCCGAAAGGUGGCUAUGGUGGCCUUUUGUCUAUUGUCUUCCACCAGAAGACACAAGCCCAAGCUUUCUACGACGCAAUGGAUAUUGCCAAAGGGCCGAGUCUUGGGACCAACUUCACGCUGUGCUCUCCAUACGUGCUACUCGCACACUACCAGGAGCUGCCCUGGGCGGAGAAAUUUGGCGUUGACCCAUAUCUUGUCCGGGUCAGCGUGGGAUUGGAAGACACUGCGGCAUUACAGCAAACAUUCAAUGCCGCCCUGCAAGCCGCAAGGGGCUCGUCCUGA